AGCAGACACAGACACAGAUAAAGAAAGAGCGAUAAAGAGGAACCCUUAAAACGGUUUACGGCUCGUCGUCACAAAAAUUCACUUCGACCCUUUUUAUUUCAGAGAGAGCCACCGCCUGCCUGCGGCGCCUAUACUGAGAAAACAGAUUCUCAUAUAGAUCGAUAACCCAUUAGUAUUAUAAGAUGGAAGUGCAUAGCAAUGAAGGCGGGCAUAUGAUUGAGGUGUGUGGUGAUGUGACCCCUAGCGUUAGUGUAAGUAAAUUUUGCGGAGAAGUAAAAUGUGGAUUCUCGGAUUCUAAGGACAAUUCGAAGGACGAACAAGAACGAGUAUCGUCUAUGAGGAAACUUUGUAUUGCAGUUGUACUCUGCGUUAUCUUUAUGGGAGUUGAGGUUGUGGGAGGUAUCAAAGCGAAUAGUCUUGCCAUUUUGACGGACGCUGCUCAUUUGUUAUCCGAUGUGGCUGCCUUUGCUAUCUCUUUGUUCUCAUUAUGGGCAUCGGGUUGGGAGGCCAACUCACGCCAGUCUUAUGGUUUCUUUAGAAUUGAAAUACUAGGCGCGUUAGUUUCCAUUCAGAUGAUUUGGCUUUUAGCCGGUAUCCUUGUUUACGAGGCCAUCAUGCGUCUCCUUCACGAGACUGGCGAAGUAGAAGGCUUUCUUAUGUUUUUGGUCGCCGCUUUUGGCUUAGUUGUUAACAUCAUCAUGGCCGUCUUGUUAGGCCAUGAUCAUGGUCACAGUCAUGGUCAUGGUGGGCACGACCACGGUCAUGGUCACGAGCAUGGGCACCAACAUGACCAUGAGCAUGGACACGAGCAUAACCAUGAGCAUGGGCACAGUCAUAACCACGGGCAUGGACACGGGGAGGGUGAUGAUGUGGAUCAUCAUGAGCACGAACAACCUUUGAUUAAAACUACUACGGCUAAGAAGAAGGCAAGGAAUAUAAACGUGCAAGGAGCGUAUCUUCACGUGCUAGGAGAUUCGAUCCAAAGUAUCGGAGUGAUGAUUGGUGGGGGACUAAUAUGGUGGAAGCCAGAGUGGAAGAUUAUCGAUCUUAUCUGCACGCUCGUGUUUUCAGUGAUCGUUUUGGGAACUACAAUCAAUAUGCUUAGGAACAUACUCGAGGUUUUGAUGGAGAGUACACCGAGAGAGAUCGACGCUGGAAAACUUGAGACGGGGUUGUGUGAGAUGGAUGAAGUUGUGGCCGUUCACGAACUUCACAUAUGGGCGAUUACGGUUGGUAAGGUUUUGUUAGCUUGUCAUGUGAAAAUCAAGUCGGAAGCUAAUGCGGAUAUGGUGUUGGACAAAGUUAUAGGGUAUAUUAGGCGGGAGUAUAACAUUAGUCACGUCACUAUUCAGAUAGAGCGCGAAGAGAAAUGACCGAGCACUUGUCCGAAACAAGCUUUGGUUCUAGGAUUUUAUCUCUUUCAGUUUUUGUUUGGUUUGGGUGUUGUCUGAUUAAGUAAGUGUUGGACUUAUGUAUUAUCAAUUCCAUGUAUGUUCAAGUAUUAAGCAUUUGGAUAAUUUUGAA